UCUGGCGCCUGGAAGGGCAGGGGUCCUGCAGCGCCAGCUUCUUACUCUGAGUCGGUGCCCCGGGCCAGGCCUCUUCACUGCGUACGUUGACAGUACUCAUCUUGGCCCUGAGAAUAAAAUCAAGAAGAAGCUUUUGAAACUUAAGAGAUUAGAUGGGGCUUGACCUCUAUUGGGCAACCCUAGUUAAUAGGAGUUGUUUUGCUGUGCAGAGAAGAUGACUACGGAACUGAGAGAGGCCAUGAUUCCAGACCCUUGGGGCCCAGUGAAGGUGAAAAAGGAGGAGGAAGAGGAGGACAAUUUCCUAAAUCAGGAAUCCAGCCAACAAGCACAUUCUGAGAACUUCAAAGUCUGGGCCCCACAUGAGGGGCCUCAGACAGGCCUUGAUAUAUCCGAAGAGGAGGAAAAGAUGCUGAAACAAAGAAUCUACAGUUAUUUGUUCCAAAAUCUGAGAUAUGUGAUGAAACUGAAAAACCCCUUGUAAUGUCAGGAAGAAUCCAGAAAGUUGACACUCAAGGACCUGAAUUCAGAGAAUCAUGUGAAACAGGAAACAUGGAAAAGAGGCAGAAAAUAAAGAAGGAAAAGAAAGAUUUCAGACAAGUGACAGUGGAGGAUUGUCACUUACCUAAAAACUUCAAAGAAGAGAAAGACCAAAAAUGUAAGAAAUCUGGGGGUAAAUAUAGCCUUAGUUCUGGCUGUAUGAAAAAUCAGAAAAUCCAGCCCGGGCAGAAGCCUUUUACAUGUAGUGUAUGUGGGAAAGGCUUUAGUCAGAGUGCAAACCUUGUCGUGCAUCAGCGAAUCCACACUGGGGAGAAGCCCUUUGAGUGCCAUGAGUGUGGGAAGGCCUUCAUCCAGAGUGCAAACCUUGUUGUACAUCAGAGAAUCCACACUGGACAGAAACCUUACGUUUGUGCAAAAUGUGGAAAAGCUUUCACUCAGAGUUCAAAUCUGACUGUCCACCAAAAAAUUCACUCUUUAGAAAAAACCUUUAAGUGCAGUGAAUGUGAGAAAGCCUUCAGUUACAGCUCGCAGCUUGCCCGGCACCAGAAAGUCCACAUUACGGAAAAGUGCUAUGAAUGCAAUGAAUGUGGAAAGACAUUUACUCGGAGCUCAAACCUCAUUGUCCACCAGAGGAUCCACACUGGGGAGAAGCCCUUUGCUUGUAAUGACUGUGGCAAAGCCUUCACCCAGAGUGCAAAUCUUAUCGUCCAUCAGCGAAGCCAUACUGGUGAGAAGCCAUAUGAGUGUAAAGAGUGUGGGAAAGCCUUCAGUUGUUUUUCACACCUUAUUGUGCACCAGAGAAUUCACACUGCAGAGAAACCUUAUGACUGCAGUGAAUGUGGGAAAGCCUUCAGUCAGCUCUCUUGCCUUAUUGUCCACCAGAGAAUUCACAGUGGAGAUCUUCCUUAUGUGUGUAAUGAGUGUGGGAAGGCCUUCACGUGUAGUUCCUAUCUACUUAUUCAUCAGAGAAUACAUAAUGGGGAAAAACCUUACACAUGUAACGAGUGUGGCAAGGCCUUCAGGCAGAGGUCAAGCCUUACUGUGCAUCAGAGAACCCACACUGGGGAGAAGCCCUACGAAUGUGAGAAGUGCGGUGCGGCUUUCAUUUCGAACUCACACCUCAUGCGACACCACAGAACCCAUCUUGUUGAAUAAGAAAGGGUGAAGAAGACAUUUAGUGGCUGGUCAUGCUACCUGCCAAGUUAGACACCUCUUUGCGAUUUUCUUUCUCCUUUGUAAAAACAAGUUACAGUUUUCAGGAAGGCAGCACAAAUAAGCAUUUCGGAGGUUACUUUACAGAAACUAAGCACCUAAAGGCAAGGGCUCUAUCCUAAGCAGUCAUGUUUUCUGAAAUGGAAUAUGGCUUUUUUAGGAAUGGGUUGUACAAAGCUAGUUGAUAACAAGCCUAUUUGGGGAAAGGUCUUUUUUGCUUAAUUUUGUUUUUUAAAACUGGUAUUUGCUUGAGCAACAGGAAGGUGGUUUUCCUUUUUUGAAUUCUGGAGCUUUGACCUUUGUAUUAUAGUAUUCUGGGUUAAGUGAAAACUAGUUAAGGAAACCAUUUGGGGUAGGCAUUCAACAACAACUCAUCUAUGAAUAUAAGCUUUACGCUCUCUAGGUAAUUUAAAAAAAACAAUCUACAGCUCCUAAAAUGAACAGAAAUAUAAAACAUUUGUUGUCGAUGCCUCCUCCUCCUGAACCUUGGUAUAGUAAAGCUCUGGGGACUUCCUAUGAGUCUGUUCUGACCAUUCCCCAGUCUGCAAGGCCAGGUGCUCAAGGAAUGAUGGAGACAACACACAGCUACAUUCAUUUGCUAAGGUUGACAACUCCUUUCAAACAGUUCCACCAGCCCUCUAAUUCCCAUUGUAUUCCUUUUAGGUGAGAUGCAACUAGCAUGCCCUUUCUCUGAUAGAGGAGUCAAAGAAUAAAGCUUGCCUAGAGAUAUGUCCCAGUUGCUUCUGCUUUUAUUCUGCUCAAGCCCAGCCAGGAUCUCAGUAUGGGUUUCAUUCUCACAUUCUGGAUGGUAUUUAGAAGAAAUGGUAAACUCUUCUAAUUCUGACAAGACCAAAGAGGGGAGUGAAAGGAGAGGGAGGAGGCAGAGUGGGAUUCCUAAAAUGUUAAUUUGGUUCUUAAGAAGUUCAGAAGUGUUGGAAUGUGAAAACUUCUAGAAGGUUGAAGAAACUGGCUCAGGUAAGAUAUCUUUGUUGCUGUUCAGCCUCGAUUCCUGGAAAAAUGAUUUAUAAAACUAUGCAAUAGAGUUCUGUAAUAUCAUUGCCUUGUAUUUAUAUAAAACUUCAUUGUUGUUUGCCUUCAUGUAUAGUAUGAUACCUGUCAGUGAUUUCAUGUUUUCCCAUAGACCAUUAUCAUCCUUAGAACACUGCAGCAGUGUUUUCUCAUUUACUUGAAAGUGGUCAUAUAACAUGAGGCCAAGUAAGGAGUGACCACCUGUAACCAAUCCUGGGACCUGCUGCUCUCCUAACCAUCUUAACCUUCAUCCAGACCUGUGAGGGAGCCUGAGAAAGGGUAUGUAGUCUCAUUUUUGGGUGAAGAAACUGAAGUGAUAGAUUUUGGGGUGUGUUUUUGGUGAUGUGACCAAGAGUAGCGAAUCUAGUACUAGAAUUUUGGUCUCUUGAUUUCUGGGUCUGUCUCCUGACCCCAUUCCAGUGACAUUCCAGUAGUGUAUAUUAUAAACACUGAGCCUGGUGAUAAGCAGUCUGGUGCAACUCUCUGAAGAAGUUCCAUGCUUUUAUUGUCUUUUUUCUAUAAGACUAAAUAAUAUAAAUCACAUAGUGUUUUCUAAUUUACAGAGCAUUUUCAUAUACAGAAGAAAGCUUAUUGUUUUCCUCUUUCAAGAAAUCUUUUGUGAAAGUACAUGCACUGUUGUUUCCCACUUUCACUCUAGAGAUACAAAUACAAGAAAUAAAAAGAAUUCAAAAAUAGGAAUAAAAAAUACUCAUGUCCUCACUGACCCUAACGGUGACUGUUCCUGCUCUCUGUCUAGGAGCAGACCCCCAAGGAUAAACCAAGUUUCUUUGCUGAGAUUAGGAACAAGUUAGUUUUUUCCCCCUGCCUGAUCAGGAAGCUCAGAAUGUCAAGAAAGCCAGUCUGUGGGUUUGAGAUGGCUUUGUGAACUUGACCCAAGAGACCAAAGGGUACUUUAUGACCAUACUUUAUGACCAUUAAGACAAGUUCAAAUCCUCUAUUCAUGGAUGAUGGUAAUAUCCUGGCUAAAGAUUUCCAUUCUUAGGUGGAAAGUCACCCAAGUGAUUCUGAUGCAAAGGUAGGUUUGGGAAUCACUGACUCAGCUUGAAAUAAAGGAAUGGUUUUCAACCUUGGUCGCAUGUUAGAAUCACCCAGCAUACUUUAAAAACUUGCCAUGUCCAUGCCUCAUUAUUUUUUAAAACCCCGGAGGGGAAUGCAGUGUGCUGCCAAAGUUAGGAGCUACUACAGGCAUAUAAUGUAUGAUCAAAGGUGGGAAGGAGGCUCCAGUGUAAGGAUCUGCAUGUACAGUUUUAGCAAAACAGAACAGUUACUCUGCAUUAGCUCGAUUAGGUGUCCUUCAGUGCCCCUGCCAAACUUCAGUUGCUUGGAUUAUGUGACCUUAUUUGUAUUUAAGAGAAUAUACCAAACUUUUUUAUUUAUAUGUGAAAACCAAGCGUUGCAAAACACAUUUUUAUGUAUAUAUUAUGACUUCUUAUGCUUCUGCUUAAAUUUCAUGUUCAGAUCUGGCUUUACACAAUCCCACAUCCAGAUUCAAGACCUUCAAUCCUACCCAAAUGGUGUGAGCCAAGUAGAUUACUAACAACAACUCUUCCCAAUUUACUUAUAACUUUCAAAAUAAAUUAUAACCUGCAAUUUUCCUUACAGUUUCUAAUAGGGGAAGAAUGAUCACCCUUUGUUGUUGAAGUUGGCUUAGGUUUUUCUGUUCCCUUCUCCAUUAGCUGGUCUUGUUAGAAGUGGUUGAGAAUUCCAAAGUUCCAUUUCCCAAAGUUGUUAAGAGUUAUCAUACUUUAAUUAUUUAAAAGCUCUGUUCCUUGUCUGGUGAUUGGCAUGAAGAUUGAGCAAGAGGCUCUUCAUGGAGGCACACACAUGUAGUCCCACUACUUGGAAACUUAGAGGCAAGAGGAUUGCAAGUUCAUAGCUAGCCCAGGCAAUUUAAUGAGACUUGUCUCAAAAUAAAAAAU